UAGUAUUUAAUACCCUGACCAGCUCAGUUAAUAUAGUGAUAUACUUGUAAAUCAAAUCUCUUCAUUCACAAAUCUUGUAUCGGAGAUGGCUGCUUAUGCUGCUGUAACUUCUCUGAUGGGAACAAUGCACCUGAUUUCGCAAUCCAGCUUAGACUUUCAGGAAAGUAACAAAGAAUGUUCGAAAUCACUCUACGACAAGGUUGGUUCUCUGUUAGAGUUUCUUGACAAUUCUGAUAAUGAACUGAUGAAGGAUCUGCAGAAAAAGGUGAAAGAUCUAGCAAACGAAGUAGAAGAUGAAGUCGAAUCACAAGUAGUGCGGAUUAUGGAGAAGGAUAAACAUAUUCAAAAAGAGGCAAAUGAGAGGCUUCGUAAGAUCUUGGAACAAGCUAUAGAAGACAUCGAUUCUGUGAAGGAAGAGCUCAGCAAGCCGAGGAACAAAAAUAACAAUUUGCUAGCUGGAAAUUGUUUGCUUGGUGGUCCUACUUCACCACGAUCGCGUGUUUCAACCCUUGAGAACGGCAUGGUGGGGCACAGCGAUGAACAAGCGAGAGUGCAGGGUGAGCUUACCGGGUCCUCAUCUCAACUGGAAGUCAUCUCCAUUGCCGGGAUGGGAGGCAUAGGCAAGUCAACUUUUGCCAAAAAGAUGAUUUCCGAUCCCUCAAUUGUGGGAUUCUUCGAUGUUCGUGGAUGGAUUACUGUGUCCAAGGACUACAGCUUAAGAAAGAUGCUCAUAUCCCUCCUUCAAGACGCUAUUGGCGUGAAUGAAGAGCUUGAUAAGAAACCCGAUGAUAAACUAGCUGAUUGCUUGCAGAAAAGUCUCAAGGGAAGAAGGUAUUUGAUUGUUGUGGAUGACAUAUGGAGCAUAGAAGCCUGGGAAGAUAUCAGACAAUGGUUUCCAGAAAACAACAAUAGAAGCCGAAUUCUGUUGACUACUCGGAUCAUGGAGGUUGCUCGAUAUGCUAGCUAUCCUAAGAAUCCUUUUCCAAUGCGUGUUCUACAUCCAGAAGAAAGUUGGAAUUUGUUUUGCCAAAAGGCGUUUGGCAAAAAUGAUUAUCCAGUUGAAUUUGAGAAUGUCGGAAAGGUAAUUGUAGGAAAUUGCAACGGAUUACCACUAAUGAUUUCUGUGGUUGCAGGGUCUCUUUCUAGCAAGAGGACGCUGGACGAGUGGAAUGAAGUAGCUCAAAGUGUAAGCUCAUUAGUAAACCUUGAUGAUUAUCAACGUUGCUCAGGAGUGCUCGCUUUGAGCUACAAUCAUCUUCCUUCCCACUUGAAAGCUUGCUUUCUGUAUUUCGGAGUUUUCAAAAAAGCUACUGAAAUUUCUGUGGAAAACUUGAUUAGAUUAUGGAUGGCAGAAGGACUCUUUAAGCUGAGGGGAAUUUGGGAAUUGGAAAAAGAAGCUUAUAGUCUACUACAUGAUCUUAUUGAUAAAAGUCUAAUUGUUGCUUGCAAGCGUAGUUUUGAUGGCAAAAUCAAGACAUGUAGGAUUCAUGAUCUUCUCCAUGAUUUAUGCUUGAGAGAAUCUGAAAGUGAGAGUCUUUUGUAUGUUUCAAAUCCCCCAAUUUCAGGUACCAAUGUUCCUCAACAUCGUCGGUGGGUUUCAUUUCAUCAAGAGCCAGUGCGAGAUUUUUUUUCUCUUCCCUUCCCUACUUAUGGUAAAACGCGUUCUCUUCAUUUUCUUGCGGUAAAACCGUACAGUCUUGAAUUUGAAUUAGGAUUAGACCGUUUCAAACUUCUUAGAGUAUUGGACUUGCUGGGAUCAGGCGUGUGGUAUUUACCUAAUGGAUUAUCAAACCUAGUUUCCUUAAGGUAUUUGAGGGCUGGGUUCAUCAGUGGAUAUCUACCAAUUUAUAAACUUCAAAAUUUACAAUUUCUUAGUUUACGUCAAGUUAAUAAGUUACAAGCCAUUAAGUUUCACUUACCAGAUGAAACCUGGAAAAUGUCUCAAUUGAGGCAUCUCGACUCUGCAAGUUUUUAUUUGUGUUCUCCUCCAAAGGUAUCUGGCAAUAGGUACCGGGUUUUGGAAAACUUGCAAAGUGUUCAUGGGUUGAGACCAAUUUGUUGCACUAAAGAAAUGUUUAAAGGGAUUAAAAAGGUGAAAAAAUUGGGGAUUUGUGGCAACAGUAAUCACUUCUAUGAUGCGCCCAAAUGCCUAGAUAAUCUUAUAUAUUUACCUGAGCUAGAGGCACUAAAAAUCUUAUUAUACGACCGUUACAGAAGUGAUUUCCUUCAUAGGCAUCCAGUUCCAUGUGUGGGUUCUUUCCCACCGAAUCUCAAGAAGCUGACACUUCAAGGAACUCGUCUAUUAUGGUCGCAACUGACCGUCAUUAGCAAGUUGCCCAAACUCGAGGUGCUCCAAUUUAAGGCAUUACAGUUGUUUGGUGAUGAGCGUGGAGAAACUGCCUGGGAAGUAUCAGAGAUGGGAUUUCCUAAAUUGAAAUUUUUGCUCAUAGAGAAGAAGGGUCUUGAAUACUGGACUGCCACCGACGAUUCUUUUCCAUGCCUUGAGUGUGUAAUUAUCAAAAAAUGUCGUUUCUUACAAGAGAUUCCUAAAGAAUUUGCAGAUAGUAUGACACUGAAGAGAAUUGAGUUAUGGGGAUGUACUCCUUCCCUUGUGAAUUUCGCUAAGGAGAUCCAAGAAGAGCAAGAGAUUUUGGGAAACAACAUACUUCAAGUUUAUGCCUAUGACACGAUUACAGAAGUAUAUAUAUGUCCUACCGAGGAAGAUGCCAAGGAAGAAGUAUAUACAUGUCCUACCGAGGAAGAUGCAAAGGAAGAAGUAAAGCUGGUUUCCUCAAGGAAUUUGCAGAUCGUUUAAACAUGAAGAAGUAAACAAAUGAAGCCAAGGACAUUCAACAUCUACUAUAUCCAUCAAAAAUAAGUUUCAACUUCAUAUAUACCGUGCAAGUCUCCAUCGGUACAGGUUUGGUUGAACUCCCUUACUCUGGCAUUGCCCCUGGUGGAAUUACACUGGAUUGUUAUUGUUGUUCUUGUUUUUGUAUCUCAUAAAAUGGGGUUGAUUUUAUCAUCAAUUCUCAAACUAGAAUAUGUAAUAGUUCAUUUGUACUUUUACCCCUAUUUUGUGAUGCUCUUUGAGCAAAUAAUUUUUUUGCGAGAUAUAAGUUUAUAUUUUCAUAUGAUAAUAUUCUACAAGUAA